AUGCCCCCCCUCCUACCACAAGCCCUCCCGCGGCUCAUAACCUACUACCAAACCCACCACACCGUUUCCUCCGGCGACCCCAUCUCCGUCCUCCCACUGCUCCAACAACCAGACUGCUACCUCACGCACGUCAUCCUCGCCGCCAUCCACAUCAACGAAGAUCCCUCUGGACUUACCCUCAACGACCACUCGCCGUCGCAUCCACGGUUCGAGACGCUUUGGGCUGAGAUGCGGGUGAUGCAGGCUAGUGGGGUUAGGGUGCUGGGGAUGUUGGGGGGUGCGGCGAAGGGGAGUUUUGAGAGGUUGGAUAUUACUGCUGCUACUGGGACUGGUAAUGGGGCUGGGGCCGCGGGGGAUGGGGUCGAUGAGAGGUUUGAGAGGUACUAUGGUCCUUUGAGGGAUCUAGUGCGUGAGCGCGCGCUGGACGGGCUGGAUCUGGACGUGGAGGAGCCGAUGUCGCUAGAGGGGAUCAUUCGGCUGAUUGAUCGGCUGCGGGCGGAUUUUGGGCCUAGUUUCCUGAUCACGCUGGCGCCCGUGGCCGCGGCCAUGUUGGAUGCGAAGCGGAACCUGAGCGGGUUUGAUUACGAGGCGUUGGAGGUGAUGCGGGGCCGGGAGAUUGCGUGGUAUAACACACAGUUCUACUGUGGUUGGGGCGACUGCAGCAACCCGGCUAUGUACGAGAUGAUGUUGGUCAAGGGGUGGCCGGCGGAGAAGAUUGUGGUGGGGUUGGUGACGAACCCGAAGAAUGGGCACGGCUGGGUGCCGUGGAACAUGCUGGCGUCAGUGUUGCCAGUGUUGGUUGGUAGAUACCCGCGCUUUGGAGGAGUGAUGGGGUGGGAGUAUUUUAACAGCUUGCCGGGCGAGGAGUCGAGGCCGUGGGAAUGGGCGCAAGUGAUGUCUACAUUGCUGAGAGGUCGUCGGACAGCGGUGGAGGGUAGUGCGACGGUUGAACAAAGCGUGCGAGAGGAAGCAGAACGGCGCGAGGCGACACGGGAGGUCGAUCCUGAUGAUGAGAAGGGAGAGGGUGUGGUACCGGUGCCAAACGAGUUUGAGUAUCACUCCGACGGAGGACAGUAG